AAGUUAAGGUUAUGUUUUUAUUUGUAAGCUAAUGAAAUGUGAUAAUAAUUGUAGUUUCGUUUAAAAAUAACUUAAACUUAAUACAAUUGUUACCAUGGAAUCUUUAAAAAUAUUCGAUAAUUUUAAAUUUAGUGACUUAAAUGAAGACUGGAUUCAAUCUGUGUGGAAUGGAGAAUUUAUGAUUUACAAUGAACCACCUGAUGAGUACCUCAUGUUUUUAGAGAGUGAAGACAUGAGAUUACUUUUACAUGAAUCUUGUACUGUAAUACAAACUUGGCUAGAAGAAGGUAAAAAUCAGAAUAAUUCUGAAAAUUAUUAUUCUGAAAUAUCAUGGAAUACAUUAAUUACUAUGAAUAUAAAUGUGCAUGCUUUAUUAGCUGUAUUGGGUUAUAUAAUAAAAACUGGUCAAAACAAAGAAACCAAUGAAGAAAUAAGACAAUCAUGUCUAUAUGCAACUAAUUUAUAUUUUGUGCUUCUAACCAUUCCUGGUAGUAGUGCAUUUAAUAUAUUUCAUUCUAAUUUGUAUCAACAAGCUAUAGAGACACUUAAAAUGGGUUCUGAACAAUUACAACCUUCUAUUAAGAAACGUAAUAAAAGAAUAUAUAUAAAUGAUUUAAAUAUUACUGAUGAAUUAGUAAAUGAAAUCGAUAUUCUUUCACCUCAUGAAAAAGAAAUUCUUAUAAAAAAUUUAAAUAUUAUUAUUUGCAGCUUUAUUGUAAUGAUAAAAUCAUUUUGGUUUAAAGAUCAUGUGCAAUCAUUAGAUAUUACUAUUCAUGGAUUAGUUGAAAUUACAAAGAUAGAAGAUGAUUGCACAGUCAUCCAAUGUUUUAAUAAACAAAUAGGUACUUUGGAUGUUUCAUUGCCACAAAAUGGUUAUAUGGCAUUAAAAGAAUUAUGUAAUAAUAAGCAUGGACCUAUUGAAAUAACUAUAACAUUUAUAGCAAAGUAUAUAUUACCACGUUUACUAUGUAGUCAUAUGGAUGCACAAAUAAAAUUUAUUACAAAUAUACGUGAACAUACCAUAAAUUUUUUAAAAAAUUUAUUACAUGAAUUUGAAAAAGAAGCUAAGACUGCAAUUCUAACAUUAAUACAACAUAUGAUGCUAACAUGUCCAGAUCGAUUUGAAGCUAGGCAAAGACAAGCUAAUGUGUUAGUAAAACUUUUUAGAAUAUGUAAACAAAAUACUGCAUUAGAAGCCUUUAAGGAUUUAAUACUAUUAUCACAUCACUCAAAAAUACCUUUCAGAUUAUUUGCCCAAGAAAUAAUUGGGAAAUUGUUACUUGAAUCUUUUUUAAUGAAUUGCAAUAUAAUUCAUAGUUUAAAAAUCAAAAUAAGAAGAAUAUUCUUUGCAAUUAUAUUGAAUAGAUGUAUGGAUUGUUCAUGUAUGGUAAGAGGAAAAGCUAUGGCAAUAAUUGCUGAAUUUACAGAAUCUGAUAAUGAAAUAGAUAAAGAAAUAUUUCAAACUAUAUUUAAAAAAUCUAAUAUAAAUAAACAAUUACUUUCAUUUCAUGACAUAAAAGAUUCUCUAUUUAAGGACAUUGAUUUAUUACCAAGUUCAAAUAUCUUAAUAAUUAUGUUGAUAGAAAGAUUAGAAGAUGAAAGAGCAAUGGUACGACGAAGCUCAUUGCAAAUCUUGAGAAAUUUAAUUUUAAUGUUUCCAUCUUUGAUACAUGAAGUUUUAUCUGUAAUAAGUCUUAGAUGUAGAGAUCCAGUGUUAAUAGUACGACGAUUUGCUGUACAAGUUUUAUCUCAACUUUUACAAGAAUUUCCAAAUAAUUCUCAACUUUUAAAUGAAUGGGUACGAACUGUUAUGCCACAAAUAUUUGACAUUGAAAUUAAGGUACAAGAAAAAGUGCUAGAAUAUUUACAAAGUCUGUUAUUAAAUAAAAUACAAAAUACUUCUAUUGAUGACACAGCCAAUAAUUUGCCAUGGAAAAUUUUAAAUACAAUAAUUAAAAUGAAAAUGAGAAAACAUUUAUCAAAAGCUUGCAAUCUAUGGAUUAAGAAUGGUGUUAUUACCAAUUCUAUGAUAAACAAUAUACAAUCUCAUAUUGGAACAAAUAAUAAUGUAGAAGCUUGGGUCUUCUUAGUUGCAUUGGCUGAAAAUACCAAUUUACCAAAUAUGAACAAAUAUUUUUCAAAUUAUCAAGAAAUUUUUGCAGAAAAUAAUUUUUGCACAAGUUUAAUUCUACAAGCUUUAAGAUAUUCUUGGAAAUCAUUAAACUAUGAAAUUUUAAAACACCUUCAUAUUUAUUUAUAUGAAUGCUUACAACAAUUUAAAAUUAAUUUUGGAUUAAUUAGCAUUUGUUUAGAUAUUAUACAUAAUAUAAUUCAUUAUUUAAAUCCUGAUAAAAAUAAUAAUUUGCUAGAAACAAAUAUGUUAAACCUCAUAAAACUUUCAGAAAUAGAAAUUGCAAAAAUUUUUGAAAGUGAAGAUCAAGCUAUUGAGGCAGCACCUAAUUAUUUAAAAGCUAUGUUUACAUUAGGACAUGCAGCAAUUUUAUGUAGCUGCAAAAUUUCACCAUUAACAUUACGAAUUUUGCAAGGAAUAUUAUUAGAAUGGGAUAUAUUACCAGAAAUAAUAAAAAAAAUAGAACAAUUGCAAGCUUCAGCAGUUAUUAUUCUAGGACAACAAUCAAUGAGAGAUCGUGAAAUCGCAAAAGAAGUAGUCCCAAUAUUUGGUAAAUUAAUGAGACAAGAAAUAAAUUUAAAUUCGCUCGUCCAAAUUCCUGUAAGAAUAAAUGCUGCAAAAGCUUUAGCUGAUAUUUGUAUUAGAUUCACUGCUUUAGUUGAACCAUAUUUACCAGAUAUGUGUGUAAGUAUGAAGGAUUCAAAUCCACAAGUGCGUGAAGCUAUCAUGGUGAUAUUUAUUCAAUUACUUUUGGAAGAUUAUAUAAAAGUUAAGGGUCCUUUUUUUUUUCAUAUAUUAACAAUGUUAUCAGAUUCUGAUGAAAUGAUACGUGAAUUAACCAUUUUUCUUAUAGAAGAACGUCUUUUAACAAAAAAUAAAUCUUUAAUAUCACAACAAUUUUUACAGAGUAUAUAUCAUUAUAAUAAUUAUCAAUCUCAGCAUAAAGUUUAUCAUCUUAAACUCUGUGAAAAAGAAAAAAAAGUUUUAACACUUCCUGGAAGAAAGAAUGAAAAAAAACGAAAGGCAAUUUAUGAUUUUAUGUUGGAUCAUUUAGAUCCUCCUGGAAAGAUAAGAUUACUUGUAAAAGUAACUAGUCAAAUACUUGGUGGGACUUGUGUCGAUUUAAUUGACAUUAAAAAAGAAGAAGGAGCGUGUGUUUUAAAAGAUGCAUUAUAUAUAAUAAGCAAUAAUCAUUUACGUCCAUCAUCAUUUAACAAACAAAAUGAUGAUGAUCAAGGUGAAAGUGAAGAAUAUACAGUCCAAACAAUUACUUCAACUUCUAAUGCAAUUAGCAUUAUUAUUGAAGGAAUAAAAAAACAUGGCUUAGAAGUUCUAUUACCUAUCUUAAUAAAACUUAGAAUGAAAUUGUCUAUUCUAAAAUCACCAUUAGAAAAUGAUGUAAAAAAAAUUUUAAUUAAAACAUAUUCUGAAUAUAACAAAGAUCAACUAGCAAACAUAUUAAGUGAAUAUCCUAAACUGGAAAAAGAAGUGGAACAAUUUAAAAAACAAAUAGAAGAUAUUAGAUUUGAUGAUGACAAUUUUACUGAAGAAGAGAUCUCUCCAUCAGAAAUGAAUAAUCAGAAUGCAUCUAACAAAAAUUUAAAUUUAAUAAGAAGUAAUUUAUAUCCUAAAGUUGUAUUGCAACGUCUUUCACUUUCUGAAUUGUUAAAUUCUAGAAGUACAUCGGUAAAUUCUUUUUCACCAAUUAGUAUUUCAAAUGGUUAUAAUUCUCCAAUAUGUUCAAAUCCAAUUUUAUAUUCACCUUCUCAACCUGGUCCUAGUACAAGCACACCCAAAUCAUUUAAACAUUCUGAUUUUGAUAUAGAUAAUCAUGCUUCAAAAGUUAGAAGACUUUCUAGUUUUUUUCAAAAUGAAAAUAUAUUAACUAAUAUUGAUCAUAAAAUGAGAAAAAGAAAUAUUUUUCAAAUUCAAGAUGAUAGUGAGUCUGAUUAGAAUACGUAAAACAAGUUAUUUUUGUUUUUUAUUUUUAUUUAUGAUGCAGUAUAUAGAAAUAUAAGAAAGAAUAUA